CAAUAAAAAACAACCUCAUGUUCUCAUUAAAAUGGUUUCUCAUCAACAAUAAUAAAUUUCUAGAAUUCAACUUCCUAAUUUUCUUUCAUCAAAAAAUCAUAUACACUAAUGAGUUCUAAGAUAAACUUCUCAAGUCCACCAAUACAAUGCAAAUUUCAUAUCAAGAAAUCAAACCUCACAAGAAAAAACACCAUCAUCUUCUCUUCAUUUCCCUCAAGUGAAAAACAAAACAAAACCAUUUCCAAAACAAUUGAAAAUCCAUCAAAUGAUAAGGCUUACACUAUCAAUUUCAAAACAAAAAGUGCUUGCAAGCUUGGAAUUUCAAGAUAUCCUGAUUUUGUGUAUGAUGCUGAAGGAGGAAUAGGAACUGGUUUUGGUGCAAAGGAAAGACAAAAUUCAGAUAACAAUGACAUUCUUGUUUCAUUUGAUCUUGAUACAUUGUAUAUUCCAUCGUUAACAAGCUCUACAACAAAGUUUCUUGGAUUGUCAUUGCCACCAUUUUUGAGGAUUGAUAUUGUUCCAGAAGCUUUCCAAGGAAGUAUUAAUCAAGAAUCUGGCAAGGUUGAUCUUGAGUUUAAGGCCAAGUUUUUGUUUUCUGCUGGUAGUAUCUAUAAGGCUCCACCCUUGCUUGUGAAGACAGUGUUGACAUCUGAAGAAUCAAAGGGGACACUGAAGAGUGGAAGAGGCAUGAGAUUGGAUGAAGAAGGAAAGUGCAGACUGGUUGGUGUGGCAACAGUUGAUCCUAUUGAUGAUUUCCUAAUGAAUUCCUUCCUUGGUCUACCUACUGAGUGUCUUGCUGAACUAAAUGCUGUAAUCUCCAUUUCUUCUUCAUCAUAAGAGUUUAAAUCUCAUGUUAAAACUAGAUAUAGAACUACACAAUAUAAUUUAUAAAAAAAAAUGGUAGUCAAUGAUACUAAAAGAUAAAAUAUAAAUAAAUAUAGGGUUUUGUUAACCACUGUUCGAAGGGCAAAAUAUAAAUAAAUAUAGGGUUUUGUUAA